UAACACACAUCACACUGUGGACCGAAUGUAAGUGCAGAAAAGAAUGAGACUGGACGCAAGACGUUAACACAAAAGCUGAAAGUUCCUCAGAAGAUUUGGAGAGGGACGAGAGAGGGAAGAAAGAAAUAUUACUGCUGUCUUUACUGAGCUGAGAGAAGGAAAGAGAAAAGGUUUGCUGUGAAGCUCCAUCAUGGCCACUCUGAAGGAAAAGAGGACUUGCGGGCAGCGGUGUGAAGACUUCGGCCACUUUGUCUGGAACUCGGAAAAUGGGACGUUUAUGGGAAGAACGCCAGAGAAAUGGGUGUACAUUAGUCUGUACUAUGUGGCCUUCUAUGUCAUCAUGACGGGGCUCUUUUCUUUGGCGAUCUGGGUCCUCAUGUACACCAUCAGUCCCUACACCCCUGACUACCAAGAUCGACUAUCAUCACCAGGGGUGAUGGUGUGGCCGGACACAUACGGAGAGGAAGACGUUGAAAUCUCCUACAACACGUCAGACAAGGCCAGCUGUAUGGCAAUGGCCAACAUCCUUCACGACUUCCUGAAGCCCUACAAUGACACCAAGCAGCUGGAGUGCAACAACUACAACUGCACCAAGGGGAAGUACUUCAUCCAGAAGACCUUCUCUGCCCCCCACCACACCAAGUGGGUUUGCCCCUUCACACAGAGCAUGCUGGGACCCUGCUCUGGAAUUGAGGAUCCGACUUUUGGCUACAACAGCACCAUGCCUUGUGUCAUCAUCAAGAUGAACAGGAUUAUUGACUUUUUGCCUUCUAAUAACACCGCUCUGCCCCCAUAUGUCAACUGCACCAUACUGGAUGGAGAGGACAGUGUGGCAAAAAUAGAGUAUUUCCCAGACGGUGGCAUUAUGGAUCCCUCCUACUUCCCAUACUACGGAAAGCUAGCACAGCCUACUUAUGUCAACCCACUGGUGGCCGUUCGGUUCAGCCUGGUCGGAGAGAAGGAAGCCAAGAUCCAGUGCAGAGUGGUGUCUGAAAAAAUCAGCUACGAAAACAUCCACGACCCCUAUGAGGGGAAAGUCGUCUUUUACCUCAAAGCAGUGAAAUGAACCAAGUCAGAUAGUCACACAGUACCACUACUCACCUGCUAGUAUCAUAUAUCUGGAUCUGUAGGGAUACUUAUCAAACAGCCUUUAAGCCACUUGUAUUCAACUUAAGCAGUCUAUAGACCUAAGUUUCCAAGUAAUUUAUUAAUGUUGUUGCAAAAUAAAUUGUAAGAUCUAGAAAUCUGAAGGAGCAAAAUUCAAGCGUUAUGACCUCCAAAUGUGUCCUUAGAAACAGUGGAUAAAUGUAUUUCAGCAACUUAAUGAAGAGUCUGAAUAAUGAAUAAAAUGAUAUGAACAAUUAUAUGGUUUUGACUAUGGGAAUGAGCAAAAUCAGUACUUCUGAAUAAUAAAAAUCUGAGUAUCA